CGGCCCUCAGUGUAAAUUAAAAUGGCGAGUGUGCGGAUCCUCCGUGACGGCUGGCAGCGCGUUUCGGCCGUACUCGCGAUUUUCUGAAUAGGACACGCACAAUAAUGUGAUCCAUGUGACUCGUGUCGACACUCGUGGUGACUGUGGAACUAACCGUUCGGCGCGUCGUAAGGUUCAUCUCACAUUUUUCCCAAACACCCAGUGUACACAACAACACCCGCGCGCGAGCAUCAAAUCUUAUAACCAAACACCCUUCUGUCGCGGGGAAUCAGCGGGGUGACAUCGACGUGUGAAAUUUCCCGCAGCUAACUAUAUAUCCAGAUGACGCGAUGACGCUACAUUGGUGGAUGCAUUGGUUCUGGGUUACCGCACAAUUUCUUGUGAUUCUUGGAAAUCCUCUACCGUCUACCACGUUAGACCCCGUCAAUCAGCCGUCCCCGAGAGUAACAUCCUUGUCGUUUGAGACUGAAGAUAUCUAUCGCACGUCGAAGUCGCCGAAAUCGAGUUUUCGCGUCGCCAAGGCCAUCGGUCUUUAUCCCCAGACAAACACGGCCGUGAUAGGUGACAGACAGCAACCGGUUACCACCGUUGCUUCACUGCCGUUGGAACGUGGAAGUACCAGCGGGGUGAACAUCCACGAGACCAUCGAGCUAAGCUUCCGCGGGAACGUCUCCAGCGUCGAGCCGCUCGGCGCGACAACGCCGCAGCGCGCCACGGAGAACGUCGAGCGAAUCAGAAGCUCGACUCCGAAGAAGGACAGCAAGAUCACGUGGAUAUUGACGACAAACAAGUCUUCAAUCAGGUCGAAAUACGAUCAGGAGGAAAGAAAUCAGUCGGUCUCUAACGUUCCCAACAGGAACAUCAGCUUCGACGAAGUUGAGGAUCUCACCGUUCUACCUCUUCAGGAAGAAAUGUCCAAGACCGAUUUGAUGCUGAACAGGACGAGGUCUACGUUUAUAACGUCCUUGUCCGCGGCUGGUGCUAGUAACGCCGCGAUCAGGACGUUCAAUCAGUCGGAGGACGAUAUCGAGAUCGACGAGGAAGUGGCUCAGACGCAGCACUUCGCCACGGCGGCGUCUAUCCUCGAAGUUGGCGUGAGCGAAUCCACCCGCCUGAGCAGAGCGAGGAAUACUUUCAUCACGCAGAACUUCAAGAGGGAUCAAGUACAGGAAGAGAAUCGACCUUCUGAUUACGUUGACGCUACUAAUAACAGCGAAAACGUAGAACAAAGUUCGGCGACAUCCGCGGCGGGUAUAGCCGCAAUUACAGGCAGCUGUUUAGCGACCGUAGCUCUACUCAGCACAAUGGGUAGUCUCGGAUUCAUUAUAUACAGGCGCAAGUACUUGAACCCUCCACAAACGUUGAACAGUGACAAAUGCAGCAAUCCCGAUAGCUCCGGUUACAUCGAUGAUUCCACUAUUCGCGAUAAUUCGGAAGAGAUGUACAGUUUGGAUAAUGAUUCGUUUUUAAAUUCGCUAGAGGCAAUGACAAUACAGAAUUAUUGGACGGACAGUGUGAAGCAUACGAAGCUAUGACAAAAAAAGAUAACACAUCCCGGAAAGAGAAUUGAGACGUUCAGUAUUUCCGAUGGUGAAGCGCACGAGCAAAUCUCACUGCUUGAGCAAUAGUACUUACACAUUCGAGAUAUCCGUAUUUUAGUUAGUUCGCGUUGAGAAGUUUUGUUGCUCUGCGCAUAAUCGGAGACGACAAACAUACGCAACAGCGUCAUUCAUCAGUCUCAAAUGGCCUGCGCCGAACGUAACUACCUUUGAACGUUACCAUUGUACGACUAUAGAGAAUUGUAGAUCAAAAUUACGUAUAUAUCAUCUUGAAAGCGUGUCGUUCCUCAAAUGUUGAUUUGACGUCACUUCCAACAUCCCUAUAUUUUUCUACGACGUAUGCAACGUUGGCAAAGUCACUUUGACUUUGGAAGUGACGCAAUUAUCUUCGAAUAUUUCCAUUAACGAUAUAGUGCAAUAAUAAAUAACACAAAAAACUUGAUGUACUUUAUUAUAUUAAAUUAAUUGAAAAAGAAAAUGUAAUAAUAAUAACACUUCUAAUCUUUAGAAAAGUAAGUACAAAUAAGACUAUAUUAUAGCUAGAGAGUUUUCGCUAAAUUAUAAAGAGAAGGAAUAAUUUAAUAAGGAGAUUUAUUGAGAUAAGAAGUAUUUUAAGAGUAUUUAUAGAAAUAAAAUCACAUAAAAAAAAAAAAAAAAUAUACUUCCAACAACGCGAAUUGUACAAUUGUACUUAUCGAUGAUAUCUUUUAUCUAUGGAUUGAACACUGAUGUGUCUUCUAUAGUGUCUCACUUUUUGGAAUUACAAUUAAAUAACGAUUAAUUUCCGCCAUAUACUGAGAAUUGCUUAAUCUUAAUCGGAUAGCUUGAAUAUUUUUUCGAACACCGGAUUUACGGAAGAUCGGACCAAAUCAUACGUAGAUCUUAGCUUUAUGCCUUUACGACAUAUCCAGCAGAACUGUUCAUUCAUGUUUUCCAUUGUGAAUCUAGAGCUUGUACCUAUGUACAUAUAUACGUACCGUUGUGACAUUUUAUGUAUAGAUGCGCAAAAAAAAAAAAAGGAAAACCCUGGCACCGGCGCCAACGAGAUGCGAUUAAUUUUUAAGUAGCUCUUUAGCAUUUAUCUAUAUAUAUUUCUAUACACAUUUCCGAAAGGAAAGAAAGAAGACCGAGAAUCCAUUGUGAUAGAUCAGCGUGUAGCGUUUAAAAAAGUGUAAAAUUAUGAUCGGUUAGUUUGAGAUAAGGUUGUGAAUAAAAUUCGUUCGUGUAUUGUACAUUACUGCCGUCCCUUCCUUAUCCAGAUAGAUCUACUUUCAACGAUAUCCGUUUGUUUCGAGUUUGUUACAACACGUAAAUUUUAUAUUUUUAACGUGCUUGUUUUUAUACUGUUGCGUGUGUUAUAUACACGAGUGAUAAGUAUUUGUAACGACGGCAUAGAACGGUGACAUGUAUUAUCAUCGGCGGUUUCUUCCUCGUCAUCAUCGUCGACGGUGUCUGUAGUGAUGUUUAAAAGCGACGAGCACGGAGCUGCGAAAGACUCUGGUGAGCUAGCCUACGAGAAGAAAAAGCGAAUUUGUGUGUGGAAGAGUAUAAAGGAAUAAACAAAAAUGAUUAGUCAUUUGCGUCUCUACGUCCGCUUAAUCUUGUUAUUAGGUGUCUACAUUUGUGUUAAUUCUCUAUAUUUAUACAUUCUAUCUUCUUCUGAGAUGAUGAAACUUGUCAACAGCAAUGUGACACUACCUUGUUUUCUAUGCGUCGUUUCGAAUACUUAUCAAUCGUCUCUCGUAUAGGUUUUAAAUUCCAAAACACACAUCUUGUUCCGAGAAAUAUCAAAGCUAAAUAAUAAAACUAUAAAGCUAAAUGAUGAUAA